CGGCGGCAUCCCACCGUUCUUUCGUGAUAGGACGGCAGUCUCUGGCGGUUUUUAAGCGGAGACAAGACUCCAACUCCCGGAGGCCUUUGCGGCUGAGAAGGAGAAGUACACUUCCCAGAGGCCUCUGCGGCGCCGCGACCGGAAGCGGCAGCCGAGCCGAGUGUCCUUGCGCGCCGAGUAGAGAGAGUAUGGGUUCCCGAGUGUGGUCGCUGAUGAGGUUUCUCAUCAAGGGGAGUGUGGCUGGGGGAGUGGUCUACCUGGUGUAUGACCAGGAGCUGCUGGGGCCGGGCAGCAAGAGCCAGGCAGCCCUUCAUAAGGCGGAGGAGGUGGUCCCCCCUGCUGUGUACCAGUUCAGCCAGUACGUGUGUGAGCAGACGGGCCUGAAGAUACCCCAGCUCCCAGCCCCUCCAAAGUUUAACUUUCACAUCCGUGAGUCCUGGAAUUCAGGCAUUAUUACCGUGAUGUCAGCCUUGUCAGUGGCCCCUACCAAGGCCUGUGAAUACACCAAGGAUGGCUGGGAAUACCUGAAGGAGCGAAUCAAGUAGCCUGUCAGAGGAGGCUGCCUUCCCUGUCAGGAACAGGGGCAGGGGUGCCCUGGACCUCAGGCCUCCAGAGUGGGACCCUCUCCAAGGCAGCUCCUGGCCUAACUGGCCCAAUAAAGGACUUCGGAAGUGUU